AUCUUCACAAGUGAACACCCAACUCUCUUGAUUUAGUCUUUCCUUUAAUUGUGAUAGUUAAACAUUAACUUUUUAUACGUUGACUUUUUCCUUAAUUCACCAACAAUCAACUAAUUAGAAACAUGUCUUGUUUCACUACACCUGAAAGAAUCACAAUCGUUAGACUUUACUACCAAAAUCCAAACAAUUAUGAAGAAAUUGCUAAUCAAUGGGCUUGUUACCAUAGGAAAAAAGCUAAACCAGGAAAGGCAGUAAUCGACAGUAUUGUUGCUAAUUUUGAGAAAACUGGAACAGUUAAAUUUGAUUUCAAUGCUUCUCUUAAUCCACUUACCGGGGAAAUGAUUCCAAUCAAAGAUACUAAUCCAUCACCUUAUAUGGUACAAACACUUCAGCACUUAAGUAAACCCGAUCCUCAUGUUAGACUUGCAAUGGCAAAGUAUUUAUUGGAAAGCGAGGAGACCAACACUCUUAAACUUGACCACAUUUGGUUCACUGGACAUGCCACUUUCUAUUUACAUGGUUACGGGUGUCGGGAUGUUUACCGUUUCUGGGGAAGCACCAGACCUGAGAUUGCAACGGUUACCCCGUUGGAUGAUCUUUCCAUUUCCGUUUGGACCGCGAUUUGUGGUAAAACGAUUCUCGGUCCAUAUUUUGUGGCCACAAAAUUCACCCCUGAUGAUUAUCACGAUUUCCUUGCGCACCAGAUUCUCCAUGAUAUUCGUUCUCGAGACAUGGACACCAUGGAAUACUGUUGGAUGCAAGAUGUUCCCGAUGACCUGAAGACGGAAAAAAUUUUCUACCUAAUUUGUGCUCGAUUUGGUGAUCAAAUGCUCGCCGAUAGAUCAAAUCAAAUCUGUAACUACGGAAUCGAUUGGCCAAGCUAUUCACCCGAUCUGAACCCGAUUGACUUUUUCUUGUGGGGAUACGUUAAGGAUAAACUCGAUGAGUACCGACCUACGACACAGCAAAGCUUGGAGCAAUCAAUCGGAAAGGCAUUUAGAGAUCUUCGUGAGAAUCCCGACCUACUGAUUAAAAAUCUCGAUGUUCUCAAAAAGCGACUCGAUCUUGUUAAGAAAUCGGCUGGAUGGUUUUUCGAUAAGACAUUUUACUAAAUUGUUUCUUCGUCAGUUUAAAUUGUCAUCGUCAAUUCUAGUCAGCUAAUUGUUUGAUAAUUGGAACGACAAUUAGUUAGUGUCACUCUUUGUUUCCCUCAAAUUUAAUUAUUACAUGACAAUUCAAUUCAUUUAAAAUCAAAAUCUUGUACUAAUCAAAAAGGGAAACAAAACCCAAUUCAAGUUGAUCUAUUUUUCUAAUUAAUCUUUUAAAUCUUAUCAAUCCAAUUGUAUUAUCAAAUGACAUUGUGAUUUACCAGUUAAUUACUUUGUUAACAUGAUAAUCAAUUGAUUUUUAUCUUCUAUUGUUGUUUUAUUAUUCCCUUAUUGAAGGUUAUUAACAACCAAUGGAUAACCAAUAAAAUGAUUAUCUAAUCAGUUAUACAACUUUUCAAA